CGUUCAACGAAGUAGGUGUUUUUCAAUUUUCAUUUUACAGUUUGUUUUGUACGUAAUUUAAGUACAUGUGACGAUAUUCGCUUUGUAAUUUGAUUUACUUUCUUUUCACUGAUUACAAAAUUUUAAAUUUCACUGCUUGUAGUGAAAUUCGUUAUCCUCAUAUAUAUCGUAUAACAAAAUGUACAAAGCUCCAUGAAUCACAGUAGAGCUUACAAAAAAAUAUUAAAAACUUGCAUUUUACAAAAAGCGAUGUCUACCAAUUGUGAGUGGAAAGGUGUUCCAAUAUCGCAAAUUAUUGGAUCUGAUUCGCCAUGGGGUGCUCCAGAGUUUCCUUUAGUGCAGCCAGCAUACAACCACAGUGUUUUAUAUCACAUACCUGCUAGUGGGGCGCAACUAGAUAGGCCGCCUAAGCCACAGAUUGGCAAAGAUAAGUGGGAUCAUGAGCAUGUUAGAAUGCCAUUUUCUUCUCACAGCUUGUAUCCUGUUGAAAAUAGCUCUGGUGAAACCCAUUUAAAGAAGCGUUGGGACAUGAUUCAGAAAGCACUUAAUAGACCUAUAAGAAAUACUGAAGAGCUAGCCAGUGCCAUACUUAGUUACAACACUAAGUUUAAGAACAAGUGGAAGUUUCGAUCAUUGUAUGAGCUGUUUGAAGAGCACUUAGAAGCAGAGGAGACAAAAUAUUUCUAUGAUGUAACUCUUCCUGAAAUGAUUAAGUUAGCUCUGGCUCUCCCACAAUUGAUACAGUCACCGAUACCAUUAUUGAAGCAGAAUAAAAACCAUUCAAUAUCAUUAUCACAGCAGCAGAUAUCGUCUAUAUUAGCAAAUGCAUUUUUCUGCACAUUCCCGAGGAGAAACACAACAAAGAGGGACUCAGAAUAUGCUUCAUAUCCAUACUUUAAUUUCAGUAUGUUAUUUGAGUGUUCACCGUCUGACCACAUCUUGGAAAAACUCAAAUGUAUCUGCCAUUACUUCAGAAGAGUUUGCACAAACGUCCCGGCGGGCGCGGUGACGGUGUCGCGGCGCGCGGGGCGCGCGGGCGGCGGGUGGCGCGACUGCGCGGCGCGGCUGGGCGCGCUGCGCGUGCACGCCGACGCCACGAGCACCAUCGAGGACGCGCACGGACUCAUACAGGUCGACUUCGCGAAUAAAUUUCUCGGCGGCGGUGUUUUGAAUUACGGUAGCGUUCAAGAAGAAAUUAGAUUCAUGAUAUGUCCAGAGUUGAUGAUAUCGAUGCUUUUUACUGAAGCAUUGAGACCUAACGAAGCACUUAUGAUCAUAGGUUGCGAGCAGUACAGCAAGUACUCGGGCUACGGACACAGCUUCCAGUGGGCGGGCGAGCACGUGGACGCCACGCCGCGGGACUCGUCGGGCCGGAGGCGCUGCGCCGUGCUGGCCAUCGACGCCCAGCCCUUCAGUAACAAGAGCCAGGAGUACAAGAAGGAAGCCAUCACUAGGGAACUCGAUAAGGCGUGGGUCGGCUUCUCGUUCUUCACGGCGGACGCGGCGGGCCCGCACUUCCCGGGCGUGGCGACCGGCAACUGGGGCUGCGGCGCGUUCGGCGGGUCGGCGCCGCUCAAGCUGCUCAUACAGAUGAUGGCGCUGGCGCGCGCCGGCCGCCACCUCGCCUACUACACCUUCGGCGACGCCGCGCUGCGCGACCGCCUCGUGCGCGCGCACGAGCUGCUGGCGCACCACGACGUCACCGUCGGUCAGCUCUAUGAAAUAUUACUUAAAUUCUGCAAUGAGGAUGUUCAAAAAUCAAACAUUUUCACAUUCUUGGAAGAAACUUUAGAAAAAAAACGUUGUCAAAACCAACUACAACGUGAGAACUCUGGUGGUGAAACUGAAAACUAUGAAUUGCCUCUAUCUGUGGUACUAGAUCUAAAUAGAUCUCCCGACAUGUUUACAACAGACGAUGAUAGCGAAUCUAUUACGCCUACGACUAAGAAAAUGCAAUCAGACGAAACAGAAAUCGCACACAAGAACAAAGACUUUAGUGAAAAACUUGUCACUAAUCAAAAUAAAAUAUUGACAAGUGAGCGUGAAGUGGCCGAAAGUAUCGAACCAUUCAGCCAAACGACGAAACUAUUUGACGAGAUGGAGAAAUUAGACAAUGAUAGUGGAAAAUUAAAUCUAAAUUGUCACCAAAAUUCAAUGUUUGAACAGAAAACUGCAAAGUACGAAACGGUCAUGGAUAUCGAAGAUAAUUUGCAAACAAAUAUAACGCCUAAUGAUAAAAAAAAGUUAGCAAAGAAAAUAACAGAUUAUUUCUCAAAGAAACCAGCAUGAUUUUUGGAUGAGAUUGUAUUUAUUUUAUUAAUAAAUUUUUCGUG